AUAUAAAAUGGUAUCGCCCUGCUGGACGGCCGCCUUCUAGCGUGAAAAUUGAACGGGUGUUCGUGGGUGUAUCGAGACAGAUGGAUCGCCCUGUCGGGUGCACCCCAGUGUCUCGUUUUACGUCUUUCUACGAUGUCGUCCUACAAACGUCGGUCGAGAAAUCGGUUGAUCGCGUCGACGUGACACCGUGCCGAUGCUUCAGCUUCCUUACUGAUUCUUCAGCUCGAUGACAAGUAUCCCUGUCGUCGAAUUACUAUUUUCUUCAAAAUUCUCUCGCUUUACGUGCUGUACGUAACGUUUUCAGCUUGCGACGUGCACACGAAACGUUCCGGCUUCUGAGACGGCUACUGCCUGAAUACAACUGCAUAUGCUCGAAGAAACCAGGGUCGUAAACAUGACUUGCGACUCCCUGCGAUGAUAGCGACGCCCCUAUCUUUUUAGAGUGGUCUUUUUUUGCUAAAUCGUCACGUGACUCGACGAUAUCACUGACGAUUAUGCAAUGUAAUUUUUGCGAUUCGUUACUGCGAUAAGAAUUUUAUUAAUACUUGUCACUGAAAUAUUAUCUUGCAACUGUAAGCGUGUACAAAUUUAUACAGAAUAAAAUGGCAAUUGAGAAAAAUUUACGUGUUCGUUACUUUUAGUUUGUCUAAAAAAAAAAAAACGUAGCAUAGUUGUCUUAUCUAAUCAUAGAUUUAUAGUUUAUGAUUAAAUAAAACGUUGCCAAGGUAAAAUACUGUGCAAUAUAAAAAUGAAUUAACUCGAAGAUAUAUAUACAUUUUUCCUUUUACACAUUCUGGCGCAAUAUUAACAGUAAUGAUGAUUAACACUAGUAUUGCGACAAUUGUGUAACUGGUAACCUAACCUUCCAGUCAGUGCAAUGCAAUGAUCCGAACAUAACCUUAGUGUUUAAAAGUAGUUCCACACUGUUCCACACGUGAGAUCGUGCUACAGUUUCCGUCAUAUGUAUAUAUUUCUUAUAUUAAAUAUAAAUAGCAAUAUUCAUGAUAGAAAUAUAAUUUGAAAAUGACUUCUCCAUUCACUUGUAUCACAUGCCGUGUCGCGUUUAAAGAUUUAGAAAUUCAAAGGCAGCAUUAUAAAUCCGACUGGCACAGAUAUAAUCUGAAAAGAAAAGUAGCUGACAUACCUCCUGUUACUGUAGAAGAAUUUCAGAAAAGAGUGAUUGCACAGAGGGCUAAAGAUGAUCAGCAAAAAGAAGAAGGAACAACAAGCUGUAAGAUAUGCAGAAAAAAAAUGUUCAAUACAAAAAACCAAUAUGAAAAUCAUUUACUCUCAAAGAAGCACAAGGAAAAAUGUGCAAAGCAGAAUAUGUCUUCUGAAAAUGCGAAUGAAACAGAUGCUAGUCUUCCACCUAAUUCUGUGAUUAACAAAGAUACAAAUGAAGAAAGUUCUAGCAGCACCAGUAAACAAUCAGUUAAAGAUAUGGAAGAAGAUUCUGAUAUUGAGUCUGUAGAUUCUGAUGAAUGGGUUGAAGACACUGAGAAUCCAGUAGCAAAUAAUAAUUGCUUGUUUUGCAAUCAUCAUAGUAGAUCUUUGAUCCGGAAUCUGAGACAUAUGACCAUUGCACAUUCAUUUUUUGUGCCAGAUCCUGAGUAUUGCACUGAUAUUAAAGGAUUACUUAUAUAUCUUGGAGAAAAGAUUUUUGCAGGAUACAUGUGCAUUUGGUGUAAUGAUACAGGAAGAAACUUUCAAAGUGCUGUAGCUGCUAGAGCACACAUGAUUGACAAAGGUCAUUGUAAGAUGUUACAUGAAGGAGAUGCACUUGUAGAAUAUGCCGAAUUUUAUGAUUAUUCUUCAAGCUAUCCUGAUGCAGAAACUGCUGAUCCAAAUGCAGAAGUUGAAAUACCAGAAUUAGAUGAUAAUGAUUUCCAACUUGUGUUACCAUCAGGAAAUGUUAUUGGUCAUAGAUCUUUACUAAGAUAUUAUAAGCAGAACUUGAAUCCAAACAGAGCACUUGCAAUCUCAAAGAGUAAAAAAUUACACAAAGUAUUAUCACAAUAUAAAGCUCUUGGAUGGACAGAAACACAGAAAGAAGUUGUUAUAAAGAAAGUCAGAGAUAUCAGAUAUAUGCAGAGGAUACAGGCCAAGUACUCUACGCAAUUGCAGUUCAAAGCAAAUAAAUUACAGAAACACUUUAGACCUCAAGUUAAUUUCUAGAUAUUAUUAUGUGUAUAUACCGUAGUUCACCAGAGUCCAUAACUGCGAAAAGACUAGUUUUCGUUCUUCGCGCAUCUCUAGUGCGCAUCUUCGCCCUGA